AUGAUCCCGCUCCUCGCGCGCUCGGCAUGCGCGCGCACGGGCCUGAGCCUCAACUUGGCCCGGACACUGCCCGCCCGCGUCGCGGCAACCCGCCUGUCCGAGCUUGACCGCAACAACAAGCCCGGUCCGUCCCAGCGUAGGGGAUACCGCAUGGACGCGACUCGCCGCGCGUUCUCGACCUCGCGCCGCGCGUGCACUCCCUCCCCUACCCCGUCUACUUCCUCUACAGUCUCUAUGACAACCACCACCACCCCCGUCGCUGCCGACGCCGCGCCCCUGGCACCACCAGCACCGGCACCCGAGUCAUGGGUCGACCGCGUCCUCCCGGCGUGGGCCGCACCGGCCAAGCCAUACCUCUACCUCCUGCGUCUGGACAAGCCGACGGGCUCCAUCUUGCUGUACUGGCCCGGAGCGUGGAGCAUCACCAUGGCGUGCACGUACCUCGCGCAGCCGAUCACCACUUGUUUCUGGUACCUGGGUCUGUUUGCCGUCGGCGCCGUGGUCAUGAGGGGUGCAGGGUGUAUCAUCAACGACAUGUGGGAUGCCAAGAUGGACAGGAAGGUCGAACGCACCAAGACACGACCGCUCGCGGCCGGCGAGAUCACCCACACGGGCGCGCUCGCCUUCCUCUCUACCCAGAUGGCGCUCGGCCUUGGUGUCCUGACCCAGCUCAACACGUACAGCAUCUUGCUUGGCGCCGCAUCGCUGCCCCUCGUGUUCAUCUACCCGUUCAUGAAGCGCGUGACGUAUUACCCCCAGGUGGUGCUUGGUCUCUGCUUUGAGUGGGGAGCGCUCCUCGGUUGGGCAGCCGUCGCUGGCGCCGUCAACUGGGCCGUGUGCGCACCGCUCUACAUCGGCAGCGCGAUCUACUGCGUCGCCUACGACACCAUCUACGCGCACCAGGACAAGAAAGACGACGUCACCGCCGGCGUCAAGUCGACGGCCUUGGCAUGGGGCAACAGCUCCAAGCCCAUCAUCGGCACGCUGUACGCCACGUUUGUCGGCUGCCUGACGAUCGCGGGCCACGCGAUGGGUGCCGGACCGCUGUACUAUGCCAUUUCAGUUAUGGGCGGCGCCGCACACCUCGCGUGGCAGGUCAUCACCGUCAACCUCGACAACGGCAAGGACUGCUGGGCCAAGUUUGUGUCGAACGGUUACGUGACCGGUCCCAUCAUUUGGGCGGGCAUGUUUGCGGACUACCUCUACCAGGUCAUUCUCCCCCUCCUUGGAUAG